UAUGUGGGCUACGAGAAGACACUUGGAACGUUCAAAGAGCCGAAAAGCUUUUCCCCACCAAAAAAUGAAACGUUAUCCAAUCAAUCAUUCAUACCUCAUACCUGGUUCGAAAAACCCAAUCCAAAUUGCAAAACCAACAAUCCGAAUCUCGCUUUUACGGUCACCAAAUCACUGAGUUUGGUCUCCAUUGUCGUCCAAAACAAAGAAAUGACACUAUACAGUGCUACUCUGACACUGGGCUCAGUCUCGCAGCUCUUCAUUACCGGCGAUGCCGUUGCCUCCUCUAAGAACCAUAAUUCUUGUUCAGUAUCUUGUCUCUUCAAUGACAUCAACUUCUCAAAGCUCUCUCACAAGUCUUCUUGCAAGAAACGAUCGUCGCUUUUUGCUGCCAGCAGAGUGUCCAAUACUGAAAAUUCCGGCCUUCUGCAUGACACGUCUACCCCUACAGACGAGGACCUUCAAGAGGCUCGGAUAUCUGCUGAUUGGAAGGUAGCAAAGGCUUAUAGUGAUAGUGGAUUAAUCUUUGAGGGGAUGAUUGAAGGAUAUAAUGGUGGAGGUUUGCUGGUUCGGUUUCAUUCUCUAGUGGGUUUUCUUCCAUUUCCACAGUUGAGCCCAUCACAUUUUUGCAAAGAACGGGGAAAAAGCCUCCAAGACAUUGCAAAAGGUUUACCUGGUUCACUUAUAUCUGUGAAGGUAAUCCAAGUAGACGAAGAGCACAAGAAACUGAUAUUCUCGGAAAAGGAAGCUGUCUGGUCGAAGUUUUCUGAGCAAAUUAAUGUUGGGGAUAUUUUUGAAGCUAGGGUGGGGUCAUUGGAGGAUUAUGGUGCUUUUGUUCACCUACGAUUUCCUGAUGGUCUUUAUCAUCUGACUGGACUAGUACAUGUCUCAGAGGUUUCAUGGGAUUUAGUUCAGGAUGUACGAGACAUUUUAAAUGAGGGUGAUGAUGUAAGGGUCAAAAUUAUUAAUAUCGAUAGAGUAAAGUCAAGAAUUACACUUUCCAUUAAGCAGUUGGAGGAAGAUCCACUUCUAGAAACAUUGGACAAAGUAAUACCACAGGAUGGCUCUGUAGGUCCUGAUUCUUUGAGCACUGACAAUAGCAGCAAUAUCGAACCUCUUCCAGGCCUUGAAGCGAUAUUUGAAGAGCUAGUACGGGAAGAUGGCAUAGAUGAUGUAAGAAUCAAUCGCCAGGGGUUUGAGAAAAGAGUGGUUUCACAGGACCUGCAGCUUUGGCUUUCAAAUUCACCAGCUGUUAACCAGAAGUUUACUCUUCUUGCGCGAGCAGGAAGGCAGGUGCAGGAAAUACAACUGACAACAACACUUGAUCAGGAAGGUAUCAAAAAAGCACUACAGCGAGUAUUGGAGCGUGUGCCAUAGAUGAAUCAUGUUACAUUCCACAGUUACAUUAAACGAGUUUUUCUGUAUAGACAUUAUUUUUGUCAAAUUCCGAUAUCAGCUGUAUAAAAAAAAAAAAUAUUAAAAAAGGUUAAUAGGUCAACUAGAUAACUUGUUA